AUGAUGCUGGCAAGACCUCUUCUUCCAUCUUUGCAUGGAGGCAGAGGAGAAACAUCAGCUCUGGAACCAGAUCAGGUAGGGAGAAGAAACAUUGCGGGGAAAGAGGCGCCUGCUCGUGACUUUGUAGGAUAUGAAACCCAAGAGCAGUCAAGUACAACAUUCCUAGAAUGAACAUGUUUACACAUGGGGAGGAAUGUUUGUCCAGCCAGCAGGUAAACUUCCUGUUUCCUUCUGGACUGGGACAGACUUCCUCUGCAUGUGACCAGAGGUGGGUGUGGCCUCACGUGCAGGUACCGACAAAAGCACAGGGCAGGGCAGCCAUCUCUCUAUGACUACCUUCAUCGAAGAAACAACGUCUGCUUAGCCAAAGAUGCCCUCUUGCCUUCCAGCCAAGAGAGGACAAAGGGACUGUCUUCUUAUGAGAUAGUUUCCAGGUGCAUGUUACUUCAUUAAGCUAAGUCUGCCUUCUGGGAUCUGAAUGUGAGCAAACUCUUUUUAUACUUUUGUAGAAGACUGUGUCAUGUCUUAUCUUUUAUGAGGGAAUAAGGGAAAAUACCAGAACAGUUAUUAUACAGGCUUUAGCGAGCCUGAGCAAACGGAUCCUCUGCAAAGUUUAAAAAUAAGGGGAAUGUUAACACAAGUUAGAUAAGGAUAUAAUCAGACAAUAUAUCCUUUCCUGCAUCCCUGAACAUUCCCACAGACUUCUGUCAAAAUUGUCCUUAACAAAGGCUGUAAAGGCCACUCCAGAAGGUUAAGUUCAGAGAAUGAUUAACAAUCACCUCACGUUCACUAGCCUUCUGAAUGAUGCUAGUAUUAUCUAUCAGUAGCUUCAGUUUUAUUUACCAAUUUAACAUUUAAUACUAAGAUAGGCUUCUCAACAGCUGACAAACCAUAAAAAAGAGUGGCCAGAAUUCACCCAACGAGUCCCAUCAGUUGCACUAUAGGGCUUUCCCCCUCCUUCCCCUCCCUGUGACCCCCUGCAACCCUGAAGUUGGCUGUAGGGCAUGGUGAAGGUUUCCCCCUCCAGAACAGUAGAGGGGGAGAGGAAAGGGGGGAAUGUUCAGCAGAGAGAAUGAUCUGAAAAACACCAGGUGGAGUUCCACCCAUUUACACAAAGAUGAAUACCCAUCAUUAAAAUACACAAUAAAACAAUUCCAUUAAGAGGUUAAAACGUGCAUCCAUAAUUAUAAUGUACAGCCAAACAAUCCCAUUAAAACCAUACAGCAACAAACAGACACAAAACAGCAGCACAAUGUGUAGAAGAUGAUCUUUCUGCUGUCUGAGAGCAAGACUUUUCUCUUCUUCUUUUAGGGCCUAGUAUGUUUUGAAGAUAUAGCUGUUCAUUUUGCAGACGAGGAGUGGGCGUUGCUGGAUCCUGACCAGAGAGCUCUGCAUAAGGAAGUCAUGGAGGAGAAUUGUGGGAUCAUGAACUCUCUCAGUAAGGCUCCCUGUUGGAUCAUAUCUCUUUCGGAAUUUAAGAUCCCUUGGGAAGAAUCUGGGAGAGGAGGAGACUUAGUUGUGGGAAGGCAGGGCCUUCAGUCCCCACAACUGGCUCAUAGGGGCCAGACCCAGAGGGAAGUAUUGCUGUGCUCACUAGGCCUGACACUUCUGAGCAGCCUGUUGCUUCUCAUAAGGAGUUAACUUCACUUACUCCGUGUGAUUUAUUGCUGCCCCACUCCUGACACUCAGGUUCCCAUACAUAUGUUCAUUAAUGCCUGUCAACAAAAGCAGUGAAGCCUGUUUUAAGGCCUUACUUUUAAUUCCCUUCAGUUCUUCCUGUAUCCCAAGCAUUAAUUAGCAAAGUUCAAUAACCGAAGGCUGCGUUUCUCCUUGAGGCUGUGAUCCAUUUCUUUCUUUGUUGCAGAUGGUGAUGAAUCAGAGAUUAAGAACCAGGGAGACCAUGACCAUGUCUACACCAUAGAGAAGCAAUGUAAAUAUUCUGAGUGUAGAGAGAACUUCAGUCAAAGCUCCCUCCGAAGAAAUCCAUUGGGGAAGAAAUCCUAUCAAUGCCUGGAAUGUGCGAAGAGCUUCAGUUGGAAAGAGAGUCUCACUUCCCAUCAAAGAAUUCAUACAGGGGAGAAACCAUAUCAGUGCUUGGAAUGUGGAAAGAGUUUCACCUGGAAGGAAAGUCUCACUUCCCAUCAAACAAUUCAUACAGGGAAGAAACCAUAUCAGUGCAUGGAAUGUGAAAAGAGUUUCACCUGGAAGAAAAGUCUCACUUCCCAUCAAAUAAUUCAUACAGGGGAGAAACCAUAUCAGUGUAUGGAAUGUGGGAAGAGCUUUACCCAGAAAAAAAGUUUCAAAGCUCAUCAAAGAAUUCAUACAGGGGAGAAACCAUAUCAGUGUUUGGAAUGUGGGAAUAGUUUCAGUUGGAAAGAUAGUCUCACUUCCCAUGAAAGAAUUCAUACAGGGGAGAAACCAUAUAACUGCAAGGAAUGUGGACAGAGCUUCGCCUGGAAGAAAAGUUUAAUAGACCAUCAAUGGAUUCAUACAGGGGAGAAGCCAUAUCAGUGUUUGGAAUGUGGGAAGAGGUUUCAUAAAAGUGCCCAUCUCACGACACAUCAAAGAAUUCAUACAGGGGAGAAGCCAUAUCAGUGCAUGGAAUGUGGGAAGAGUUUCAGUUGGAAAGAUGGUCUCACUUCCCAUGAAAGAAUUCAUACAGUGGAAAAAUCAUAUACGUGUUUAGAAUGUGGGAAGAGUUUCAGUCAGAAAAAGAGUCUCAUGGCCCAUCAAAGAAUUCAUACAGGGGAGAAGCCAUAUCAGUGCAUGAAAUGUGGGAAGAGUUUCAGUCAGAAAAAGGUUCUCACUUCCCAUCAAAGAAUUCAUACAGGGGAGAAACCAUAUCAGUGCUUGGAAUGUGGGAAGAGCUUUACCCAGAAAAAAAGUUUCAAAGCCCAUCAAAGAAUUCAUACAGGGGAGAAACCAUAUCAGUGCUUGGAAUGUGCGAAGAGCUUCAGUCGGAAAGAGAGUCUCACUUCCCACAAAAGAAUUCAUACAGGGGAGAAACCAUAUCAGUGCUUGGAAUGUGGGAAGAGCUUCAAUCGGAAGUUCCAUCUCACAGUCCAUGAAAGAAUCCAUACAGGGGAGAAGCCAUAUCAGUGUAUGGAAUGUGGGAAGAGUUUCAGUCGGAAAAAGGUUCUCACAACACAUCAAAGAAUUCAUACAGGGGAGAAACCAUAUCAGUGCUUGGAAUGUGGGAAGAGCUUCAAUCGGAAGUUCAAUCUCACAGUCCAUGAAAGAAUUCAUACAGGAGAGAAACCAUAUCAAUGCUUGGAAUGUGGACAGAGCUUCGGUCAGAAGACCAGUCUUAUAGGCCAUCAACGAUGGCACAGUGGGGAGAAACCAGACAAUGGCUGUAUAUGA